AUGGUGGUAAUUGUCCUGCCACUGGUGACUCUGGAAGAAGGUCCCUGUCACUGGUUGCCACAGGGAGCCAAAGGUGAUGAGUCCAAGAAGGUGGAGGAGGAGGAGAUCGACAUCGACCUGAGCGCGCCCGAGACGGAGAAAGCUGCGCUCGCCAUCCAGGGAAAAUUCCGCCGCUUCCAGAAGCGGAAGAAGGAGUCAGGACCCUGA